GUUACAGGACAUUCUUCCCAGAAGGUUGCUAUUGAUGUGUGUGCUUCCUCGUGUAGCAUUUACAGUGAAUGGAGAGCUGGUUAUGAGAACACCUCCGUGCUUCUGCCAGGGAUCCUGAACUAUGCAGUGCACACAGGAUCUGGACUUUUAUUUGAGCUCUAUACUUAUCAUUGUCGGGCUUUUGUUUCUUCUACGUCAACUGACUGAACCUGCUGGAUAUGGGAAGCACGUUCCUAAAAAGUCUGCGCCAAACUUUAUUCUGAUAUCAGCCAAAUACGGCUGGUUCAUUCAGGAAUCACCAUCCUUCUUUGUACCUAUAUUUGUGGUGUUAUACAAUCAGCGAUGGGACACUCUGGGAUGGAAGAUGCUCUUGGUUAUGUUCUGCGGACACUACUUUCAAAGGACAUUUAUCUAUUCAGCUAUCACAAGAGGAAGACCGACACCUUUAUACAUAGUCAUUUUGGCUGUGAUAUUUUGUUCAUACAAUGGUUUCUUACAAGGUCACUGCAUGGUUCAUGUUGCAACCUAUCCAAAAAAUUGGUAUACAGACAUCCGAUUUAUAUCAGGAGUUAUCGUUUUCAUCAUUGGAAUGGCUAUUAAUAUUCAUAGUGACCACAUAUUGCGUAAAUUGAGAAAACCAAGUGAAGUUGACUACAAGAUUCCACACGGAGGAAUGUUUAAUUAUGUGUCUGGAGCAAAUUUCUUUGGUGAAAUCGUGGAAUGGUUUGGGUAUGCCAUAGCAACUUGGUCUCUCCCAGGAUUUGCCUUUGCAUUGUUUACCUUGUGUUCCAUUGGACCAAGAGCUUAUCAUCAUCACAAGUUUUAUCUCCUGGAGUUCAAACACUACCCCAGAGAAAGGAAAGCUUUGAUUCCUUUUAUUUUCUAACCCUGUGAAUGGAACUAAUGGAAUACCUGAGAUUGGACAGUCUAAACAGUCGAACUGGACCACAUUUUUGUAUAUGUCACAUGUGAAAUCGUCCCUUCAAUAUUUUAUAAUUCCUUAUAAAUAUUAUAGAUUUAGCUUGUCUAUUGUAUUUUUUGUAUCUGUUC